CACAAGUGAAGUCGGCGCAAUUCACUGGAACGCGCAAACCUUCGGAGUGCCCCAUGGAAUCACUGAGUGAACAAUAGAGCCAGUCGAGCCCUUCCAACAGAACAUCCUUCACGAGCACACUGCUUGCCUCGAUGUCCACGAUUAGACUCUACGAACCACGACCACCGACCACCAGGACCUAUCGCGGACCUCACGCAACCCACCCUUCGAAGCACUCGACCAGCCCAAGUGAACUAAACAGCUGUUGAGCCCUCCAAAGCAGUAUCGCGACAACCGCGUCGGCGCGUCCGUCGGCCAGGCUGACAACAUGUCAGUCUGGAACUCCGAGAAUGUCAUCGACGUCGCCGAGUCGAUAGGGAUCACGCAGCUCAAUCGCGACGCCGUCGACCACCUCGCGCGAGAUGUCGAGUUCAGAAUCAGUCAGGUCCUGGAAGAAGCGCUGAAGUUCAUGCGACACGGCAAGAGAACGACACUCACAACACAAGACGUCUCACAAGCACUGCGAUUGCUGGAGGUGGAGCCGCUAUAUGGCUACGAGUCCACGAGACCACUGCGAUUCGGUGAAGCGUCUAUCGGCCCCGGUCAGCCGCUGUUCUACGUGGAAGAUGAAGAGAUGGAUUUCGAGAAGUUGAUCAAUGCGCCUCUACCCAAGGUCCCAAGAGAGAUGAGCUUCACGGCACACUGGCUAGCCGUGGAGGGUGUGCAGCCUAGCAUACCGCAGAACCCGACACAAGCCGACCAGCGCAACCAAGAGCUCGCAGCAAAAGGACCCGGCGCAAACCCACAUCUCGCAGCAGUGAGCGGCAACGACAACGUAUCGGUGAAGCCGCUCGUCAAGCAUGUACUCUCCAAAGAGUUGCAGCUCUACUUCGAGCGGAUAUGCGGCGCCAUACUGGACGAGACGAACGACGAGUACCGAUCGGCAGCAUUCGCAUCGCUCAAGACCGAUCCCGGUCUUCAUCAACUGGUGCCAUAUUUCAUCCAGUUUGUGGCGGACAAAGUCACCCACAGCCUCAAAAACAUGUUCGUCCUCACGCAAAGUAUGCUCGUCAUAGCUGCUCUGCUGGAAAAUGCAAGCUUAUACCUCGCGCCCUACGUCCCUUCAAUCAUCCCAUCAGUACUCACCUGCCUUGUGGGCAAACACCUCGGCUCUGCCAGCCAAGACGGCCCGACGACCCACUUCGCAUUACGCGACUACGCUGCCAGCCUACUCUCAAGCAUCACACGAAAAUACGGACCCAGUUCAUCAACACUGAAGCCACGUAUCGCGCGCUCAUGCUUGAAGAGCUUCCUCGACUCCCACAAGCCUUUUGGCACGCACUACGGAUCUAUCCUUGCCCUCACGAUGAUCGCCGGUCCAGAAGGCGUGCGAUCGCUCAUCGUACCUAACCUGUUGCCGUACGACGCACAUCUGCAGAGGGGACUCAAGGAUGAUGGGAAGCGCGAACAGGCGGAGUACGUGGUGAAUGCGAUCAUGAGAGCGCUAGAGACCGUGGAGAAAGAUGCGGCGGAGACGGGAGCCUUGCAGCAAAAUGGGUAUCCCGAGGGGGAGGUGUUGAAGGAACGGCUCGAAACGAUGCUGGGCGAGGUCAUUGGGACGAAGGUGUAUGAGAUUGGGAGGCAGAGUCUGACCAAGGCCUUGCUGGAGACGGCAGCUGAUAUUUGAGGUGGGAUUUGAUUGCGUGAGGUUCGAUAACGAUAUAUGGCUUCCACGGGACGGGCGGUUGGCCCAGUAUGGGAUACCCUUGGAGUAGGGCAAUGAGCAUGAUCAUAAAUCAAAGCCAGUGUCCAUAAACCAUUAUUUCAUAGGGUUCUCUACACCGUUUGUCUCAAUGAAAGAGCAC